AAAAACAGAGACAGAAAUAUGAGGAAGCAUAGAGGUCAGCCACAAUAAAGACUUCCGAGACUUCAAGGAAAAUAUCUAUUCCAGAGCCCACACACCUGGAUUGGACAUGGGAGUUGAACAUAUAGGGAUGUUCUCCCUGGUUAUGUAUUGCAUGAUCAUAGUGGUUGGGACAGUAGGAAAUGGUCUGGUCAUCUAUGUGACCGUCUUCCAGAGGAAGAAAUCUGUCAACUCUGUGUGGUUUCUCAACUUGGCUCUGGCAGACUUCCUCUUCACAGCGUUCCUGGUGUUUACAGCAGUCUCUCUCUCUCAGCAGUACCACUGGCCCUUUGGAGAGUUUAUGUGCAAGCUCAACAACUUUGUGAGCUUAGUCAACAUGUUUGCCAGCGUCUUUUUUCUGACAGCAAUAAGUCUGGAUCGUUGCUUGUCCAUCUGGGUGGUGGUGUGGGCACAAAACAAGCGCACCAUUGGCAAAGCUCAAGUGAUAAGUGCUGUAAUCUGGUUGGCUGCAGGCAUCUGUAGCACACCCUAUGCAUAUUUUCGUACCGUGGAAGUCAGCCAGAAUCAGACAUACUGCAAGUACCCUUCAACUAUGACAGAAAACAAACAUUGGACAAUGUGUAUAUUCCGCUUUGUUAUGGGCUUUCUCAUUCCAUUCCUGGCGAUAUUUUUCUCACAUGUGGCCAUAGGGAUUCGUGCCAGGCGUCUGCAGAGAAUGAGGAAACAAAGACGUCACCGGAUCAUUUUUGCCAUCAUUUUUGCAUUCUUUAUCUGCUGGUUGCCUUUUCAUGUUUUGGGUUUCAUACAAUUAAAAUUCCAUCAUUUCUCAGAUAUACAGAACAUUGUUCAAGUCAUAGGUCCUCUAACUGUAAGUCUUGCCUUCAUGAACAGCUGCUUGAACCCCAUCCUCUAUGUUUUCAUGUGUGACGAGUUCCAGAAGAAGCUCAAGCAGUCCAUUUGUUUUGUGAUAGAGAGCACUCUGGCGGAGGACCAUGUCUUAUUGGGAUCCUCUCACUCACACGUUACAGGGACUCCCCAAAGAUGCACUGUGGAGGAAAAACAGGCUGUGACUUCUCCAACCUUCAUAGAGACCAAGCUGGUUUCCACAGAAAUACAAGCGAGUUCUGAGGAAGACUUCAACAAAUAGGAAAAUAGGAACAUCAAAUAAGUUUCUUAGAUGGCCUGUACUUGUGUAGUACUUUACACUACAUUCAGCCAUUCAACCACUCAGACACAUACUCGGACUGACGGGAACCACAGCUGUUAUGGAGCAGUCUGAACUUUCUUGCCCAAGAA